AUGACUAUCACUGUCGUUCUUGGGGCCCAAUGGGGCGACGAAGGUAAAGGCAAAUUGGUUGAUGGACAGUGUCGGGACGCGCAACUUUGUGCCCGAGCCGCGGGUGGCCACAACGCUGGCCAUGAAGUGCGAGUUAGCUUUCAUCUCUUGCCCUCUGGGCUGAUCAACCCAAAAUGGUUUUACCAUAGCAUGAACUUCAUCGGUUCGGGCGUAGUCUUCCACGUCCCAAGUUUCUUCAGCGAACUCCAAGAGCUCGAGGACAAGGGCCUCGUUGCGGUACAUGAUCGGAUUCUUGUUUCUGAUAGGGUCAAUGUCCUCUUGGACAUGCACAUUGCAGUGGAUGGUCUCGAGGAGAGGGAGCUUGGAGGCAUUGGCCCCUGCUACCAGGCAAGCAGAGCGCGAAAUGGCAUCAAAUUGACCGACGUCUUCCACCCUGAGCUUUUCGAACAGAAGGUGAGGCGCUUGGCCGAUGGCUACCAAAAGCGCUUCGGAGAACUGUUCGAUUACGACAUCAAGGCCGAGCUUGCUCGUUUUGAUGAGUACAGGGAGACGCUGAAGAAGUACGUCGUGGAUGGCGUGUCCUUCAUGAGAUCCGCACAGCAGAGCGACAUGAAAAUUGUCAUCGAAGGCGCAAACGCACUGAUGCUCGAUAUUGAUUACGGCUCCUACCCAUUCGUCACUUCGUCAAGUACUACGCUUGCUGGUAUUAUUGGUGGUCUCACACUGAACCCCAAGAACAUCACAGAGGUGGUUGGAGUAGUCAAGGCUUAUACUACCCGUGUCGGGUCGGGAGCCUUCAAGACCGAAGAUACCGAAGAGAUUGGCACCAAGCUCCAGGAGAUUGGACGCGAAUGGGGAACAUCGACUGGCCGCAGACGCCGAUCAUAUACAGACCUUGUUGUUGUCAAGUACAGCAACUCAAUCAACUACUACGACAGCCUAAAUCUCACCAAGCUCGACAUUUUGGAUACUUUCGAAACGAUCAAGAUCGCCAUCGCUUACAAGGUCGACGGAGAGGAACUCGACUCUUACCCUGCGGAUCUGGACAUCCUGGAACGAGCCGAGGUGGUUUACCACGAGAUGCCAGGCUGGCAAAAGCCGACCACCAACGCCAAGACCUACUACGAUCUCCCCAAGGCGGCCCGCGAAUACAUUGAGUACAUCGAGAAGUUUGUCGGAGUCAAGGUCAAGUACAUCGGCACUGGUCCUGACCGUGAGGCCAUGAUCCAGCGCGCCUGA